GUAGGGCCCUGCCGAGCACGCGACAAAGGCUGCCCCCAAACUACACUAAGCUUGCUUCCCUAUUCCAGAAAGAUACUAAUUUUCCACCAACACCCGACUCUAAUCAUUCAGAAAGGAUCCAAACGACAGCAAUGGGCUCAGAACGUACAGAAGACGACCACAGGUCGCGUCGCCGUGACGAUCAUCGAGACGCCCCCAGAGACAGAGACAGCGCAAGCACCAGCCGACACAACAAGCGCGACUCUGCAGAUGACUCCCAUAGACAUCGCAGGCACUCUCGGGACCGGCCCCCCAACAGAUCUCGAUCACCAGACACCAAAAAGCGCCCAUCGCGUUCGCGGUCUCCACGCGACAAGGAGAGAGAAAGAGGCGGCGACAGAGACAGAGACAGGGAGCGGAAAAGGGACAGGGACCGACGUGGAGACCGAGGAGAGGACGACAGUGACAGACGACACCGCCGGCGCGAAGACAAGGACAAGGACGGCUACUCGGAUCGAGACAGAGACAGAGACCGGGAAAGAGACAGAGACCGCCGCAGGCAUCGCUCAUCAGAAAGACGCUCGACCCGGAGAGAAACACAGCAACCAAAUGACAAUGCCGACAACAAGCGCAGCCUCAUCAAGCGAAGCGGUCCUUUACCGUCGCAAGGUGACUGCUUCGCUGUCAGCAUUGGCGAAGAACCCGAGAAACCCAAGGAGAAGCCGAACUUUGGCAACACAGGCGUGCUCGCCGCCCAGUCCAACACGGUCACGCAAGCCGACGGGACCACGGUUACGCUCAAAUACCACGAGCCACCCGAGGCCCGCAAGCCCGCACCGCGCGACCAGUGGCGCCUGUACGUCUUCAAGGGCGACGAGGUCAUUGACACCAUCGAGCUGCAUACGCGCAGCUGCUGGCUGGUUGGGAGGGACCUGGCCAUUGCCGACUUGCCGGCCGAGCACCCGAGCAUCAGCAAGCAGCAUGCCGUCAUCCAGUUCCGCUAUACGGAGAAGAGAAACGAGUACGGGGAUAAGAUCGGCCGCGUGAAGCCGUAUCUGAUUGACUUGGAGAGUGCGAACGGUACCAAACUCAAUGGCGACAAGGUACCGGAUAGUCGGUACCUGGAGUUGAGAGACAAGGACAUGAUUCAGUUCGGGUCCAGUACGAGGGAGUACGUGCUUAUGCUCCCGCCCAAGGAUUGA